AUGGCUGACCGCCAAAAGGGGAGAUAUUCUAAUGGAUCUGGCAAAACCUGUCAAAACUGCGCAAGGGCUAAGAUUCGCUGCAUUCGUUCUGAGGCUACAGGGAGUUGCGACCGGUGCGCCCGCUUGGGGAAAUCCUGUCACUUCCGGGAGGGCCGAAUUGUAAAGUCUACAAGUCAAUGGGAUAGUAAAGACAGGAUUGAGGCACUGGAGGCCAAAGUAGAUCAGCUGCUGGCCCAAUCAGGGGCGAUAAUUCCGACAAACGGCCGCACGGCCGAGGUGACUUCGAGUACUUCUGCAGACGCGAAAGAUGUCAUCGACCAAGGGCUACUUACCAUAGACGCCGCCAACAUGCUACUGAAUGAAUUCCGAACGACACUCAUGCCACACUGCCCGUUCGUGAUAAUCUCACCGCAGACGACAGCCGAAACACUGCGAGAAGACAAGCCAUUUCUUCUUCUCACUAUCCUCACGGCCGCUCUGCAUGACAAUAUGCCUCUGCAGCGUACCCUAGAGAAGCAGGUAAAGAAGGUGAUCAGUGACUGUAUGAUCUUUGAUGGCAAAGUUUCGUUCGAGAUACUUCAGGGGCUUUUGGUUCAUCUUGCGUGGUGCCAGUAUCACUCUAGACCCCGUCGGUUCUCCCAAUAUCUACAUCUUGCGAUCAGUAUCAUCACUGAUCUACAACUCGACCGUCCUCCGGAACAUCGAUUCUGGAGAACCAGAGUAAAUUUUCAUACUGAGCUGGACAGAAAGUCUGUGUCCUGGGGACGGGAAGAAAAGAGAGCUGUUAUUGGAUACUCCUAUCUGUCAUCUUCGCAAGGAUGCUCCUUCCCAUACUCACCAUAUUUCGAGAGUAUGUGCAAGUUAUUGGCCGCAGAUGCAGAGUAUCCGUCAGACAGAUAUCUCCUCUAUAUUGUGCAGCUCCAACAAAUUUCCGAGAAAAUCACACUUGUUUCAAUGCAGCAUGUCCCAGAAACGCAGAAUACUAGCUUUGGUCUAGAACAUUAUUAUCGCGAGUUGAAAUCUGAACUUGAUUUGUACCGCGCCAAUUUACCAUAUCUCUUGACUGAAAGCCAGAUUCUCUUCAUGCAGUUCUAUACUGUGGAGAUGUAUCUAUGCCAGAUCACGCUCUUCGACCACAAGCCCGGCGCGCAAGCCCUACGCCAUGAGUUGUCCUUCCAGAUUGAAGUGGUGCGCAUGGGACUCACCGCAGCCAAGACGUUACUCCAUUUUUACAUGGGUCUACCCUUAGGCUGCGAUGCUAAGUUUCCCAAUGUGGGAUGGGUUCAACUCGGGUUCGCAGUAACGCUUGCGUGCAAGCUAGUGGUAGCAGCAUCAGAGCCUUCAGUCCAUCCUCAUACAGUCGAUUUAUGUCGUGCGCUGGAUAUCUCUAACACGAUGAGACAAUGUAUUCUUCGCAUCCAGGCCCUCAUCACGUCAGAUAUGGAUGCUUCCGGAGACAGGGAUGUAUUCUUUCACUAUGAAAAGCGCCUGAAGCGUGUACAAUGGUGGUUUGAAAGUCAAGCGAUAUUGGGACCGAACAAUGAUUAUUCUCAUGAUGCGCAACUUGCGGAAGGGAUUGAUCCACCCACCGGAGACCCAGGCCAUUGUGUUGACGCCUUGCAGCCAACAUUGAGCGGUCCAGACAACUAUAUCCAGUGGCCGGGCUUCUUCCCAGAUACGGCGAUUGACGAGAUGUAUAUCGACUGGAUCGCACAAACGACGACAUCAUUGAACCAGCAGCGUUUGGGCUAG